AUGGUAACAAUAACAGCAACAACAAUAACAACAACAACAAUAACAAUUCCAACUGCUUAUACUAUCAUUCAUUAUUGUUUCAUUUUAACUGUUAUUGUAUUUGCACAAUUAAUCGAUGCUGGAAGUCCAAAACAACGAAUUCAAAAAGUACCGUCAGCUCCACGUGAUAUUGACGUCGCAUUGGUUAAUGCCUCAGCGGUAAAAGUAAGCUGGGAAAAGCCAUUAUACGCAAACGGUGAUAUCAUCGGAUAUUAUGUUUAUAAGGAUCGAUUAUUAAACGGUGAACCAAUCAAUGAUAAAUUACAACGUGCAAUCAUCUAUGAUCAACACAAAACACAUACAUUAAUCACAGAUCUUGAACCGAAUACUGAAUAUUCAUUCCGGGUAAAUGCUUUUAAUAGACAUGGUGAUGGUGAAUUUAGUGCAAGCAAAAAAAUUCUUACCGGUGGAUUGCCUCCAUCAGAACCACAAACACAUUCCGUUAAUUUGCUCAAUGAUGAAGCUCCAUUACGGGCGCGUGUUGACUGGAAACCACCAAAAUUCACGUAUAAUUUACCAAUCAAUAAAUAUUUGAUUUGGUAUAAACCGUUCGAACACAUCGAUGCACGCAAAGUUGAAGUACCUGGAACCCAAAAUUUUGCUAUCCUUGAUGGCUUAUUUAUGGGACGUUUGUAUGAAAUUAAUAUAGCAGCGGAGAAUGAUGACGGUGUGGGCGUUAACGCAACGGAAUGGUUAACAACACCGGUUGGAAUACCUGAAGCGGAACCACUUAACGUACGCUACGAAAUUAACGCCAAUCAGGUAGAAUUAUGA